CUGUCUACCUUGUCUUUAAUGUUCGAGAGGAAUUUAUGGUGGGCGACUCGCAUUUUCAAACGGGUUUUUUUGCGACUGUGAGUCUCAGGAAAUGAGGGGUCCCUCUCCCCUUUUCUCCUUGCGGUCCUCCUGCUCUCCCUUGCUGGUCCCUCUACCCAGACCCUGAUGUCAUUAUGCAGCGGGGUUGCGUACGGGGCGGGAGCACGAAGGUCUCUUCCAGGCGGCCGGGCAGUCUGCUGGCAGGUGGCUGGCUGGGUUUGCCCCGCCCCCGGCCCUCGCCCCGCCCCGUUGCUCCGCUCGCAUUGGCGCGGCCAGCUGUCUCUCUCCGCACUGGGGAGGGGGCGCGCGGCUGCGGUCCCUCUGCAGAGGGCUGCGCGCUCCGCGGCUUCCGGAGCUCCCCGUUGUUUGGGCCUGUGCGCCCCGACCUCGGGAGCAGAGCUGACCCGGGACCGCGACGCUCUGGGUAAGUGGAGGCAGGACCAGAGGCUCUGGGUCAGGAUCGGAUGCACUGAGUCCCUGGUGGGCAGGUGUCGGCGGCGACAGAUCCGGGGUCCGGGUCACCAGACAGCGAGGGUCGCGGACUGCAAGGUCGCCUGGUCCUCAGGCGUCUCCAGGUGGGUGACUCUGGGCAGUUCUGCUGCCCGCUCGCUUCGCACGCUGUGCUGCUGGAGUCUUGGCAGCGGCUACCUAGCCGUUUUCCUUCUUCAAGGCAUUUUGGGGAACUGUGAUUCUCGGCUCCGGUCUAUGAUAAUUCUGCAGAUAGCUUAAAGCUGGGCUAUCUCUUCCACGUCUCCGGUGUUUUCCUUUCUGAGCACUUUCUCCUGAGCCCUGUCUCUUGCACAGGGGUGUCAAGCCUGGAUAAGAUAGAGUCCUUCCUCCAGGAGGAAGCUUAGCGGUUCUGUCUGGUGUUGGGAAAGGUUCCUCGCUCUGCUUGGACAGUGAUUGCUCUUUGCUGCCCAAGGAGGGGUAAGGGUGGUGGUUGUUUUCUGUGGCCUUAGACGUGAGAUCCUGUCAGCGAAGGAGAGCAGGGACGUUAAGGUUUCCAAGGCGAUCGUGCUCCACUUGAAGGUAAAGGCCAAUCAUUUGCAGUCUUAACAGUUGCAAAGUUUUAACUCCUGCUGGCUGCAUCCUUUCCCUGCCUGGGAUACACUUGUUGGGGUGCUCAUUUCUACAGUGAUGUACAUUCAGAGAAGCCUCUCAUGCAAACCCCUCGGCCAUUCAGGUUAGUUUCAGAUACUUUCCGGAUAUGAUGGCAUUUGACUAUUUCUUCUAUCCAUACAUCCUCUGCUUAGAAGGAAUGCUUGCUCAGGCUUGGAGCCAUUAAGCCUGGGCUCUAGUGCUUAUAAAGGGUGCGUGAGGAGAGACUGUAUGUGGUUUUUGGUUCCAUCAUUAUUCUAGACUUUUAUAUUUCUGUGUAGGAAGAUGAAACGUGCAAUACCUACCCUAAAAAAAAAUCUCCUUAGAUAUUAAAAUGAUUUUUCAGGGUUCCAGUUCUACAGAGAAUUAGGAGCUGGUACCCAGAUGAGAGAGCAGUGAAAAUUUACAUGCAAGCAGAAUAAUUUACCUAACUUAGGAAUCUGUCAACUAAAAUCCAUAGAAUUGUUGGGUGAUCACUCUGUGUCCCCAUUCUUUAAGCCAUUCUAUUCUGUAGAUUGUUAUUUUUGGUGGCACUGGGGAUCAAAUUCCUUACCUCACGGCAUGCUAAACCAAUGCCAUCACUGAGCUCUGUGUCCAGAUCCAAAGCAUAUUUUUCCCCGUUUUCUCUCUUGAGAUAGGGUCUCCUGUAGCCAGCACUGGCCUCAACUGCACUGUAUAGCUGUGGAUGACCUUGACCGAUUCUCCCGCCUCCACCUCCUACACGCCGGAAUGGCAGUCGUGCACACCGUGACCAGCCUCGGAUGCGUGUUUUAAAGCGCUCCCCUGUGUCACGGAACUAAAGCAUGGGCUUCAGAAGCAGGCAGUCUCAGACUAAAUCUGAGCACUGUGGCUGACUAGCUUUGUAAUCUCAGGCAGGCUGCUUAACUGCAGAUGGAGAUCUCACCACCUCCUCACUCCGGGAUACCGUGGUGCAGGUUAGAGCCGCCUGUUGAGAGUGCUCCAAGCCACCUCGUACACCAGAGUUGCACAACCAGUGUUGGCUAUGACCUCACUAACUUACCUCCAGCUCCGCGCAGUUACAGCGGGAAAGUACGAGUGGCAGACGCUUCGGCCGGGGAAAAUGACAGAGUUACACAAUGACUUGAGGACAGGAGAGCAACAGCAACGCUGGGCUUUUCUGAGUGUGUAUGGAAAGUAGCGCCUCCUUGGUGGGAUGUACAUUUUUAGAACAGAAACCGUAUGCUACAAUAGAAAGAACACCAGAGAGUCAGGAUUUCUGCUGCUAACUCUGGCUAGGACCUCAUCUAGCCUAUGGCUUUCUGCGAGCCCACCACCCACUUGGGAGCUCAGUUCUGUCACUGGGCUCGACUUGAUCAAUCUCAAGUCAUCUCUAAGCCCCUAGCAGUGCCAACAUUUCUUCGCUGGAUGUGACGAGAAAGAAGUCCAGCUGCCCUAUCACCCGGCCCUCUGUUGUUUUUUGUGUUUGCUAAACUUUCUAUGUGGGGCCGUGAACAAUUCAUGGAGAAGUCAACUAAGGGCAGGGACAUACAUGCAGAGUGACCUCCAAUGAAGUUUUAACAAAAAUGAUAAAGCAGAAUGGGUUCACACUGGAAUCUUCUUUUUGAUAGGGCAAAAGCAAUCCUCACUUUGCAGCCAUGGUUGUUCCGGUAUGUUCUGUGGAGCAUACGCCCCUCAUGAUGCAGUUUGUAUGAAAAAUACUAGGUUUGUGCUGAAAUAAAACCCCACUCUUUUCUCUUCUCAGGUUGGUCUUUGAAUAGAGGAGAAGUUUACCCAGGAAAGAGCAUUCAUUCAAAGAGGAAAUUAAGGGAAGAAAUCUUAAGCAACAGACAAUAAGGCGUUUGUGUCCUGAAGAAGCCGUCGAAACAGCUGUGGAGUGAAAGCAGGGUGGACACCCAGGAGAAGCCGGGCUUGGUGUGAUAUUUUUGUCACAAAGGACUUCAAGAAGAAAGGAGAAGACGCUCAGAGAAUGAAAGAGUCUAGCGUAAAAAUGGAGAGCGGAGCUUCUGAGAUUCAGAUAGAAACGAAGGAUGAAAAGGAGCCAGGGGCUGUGUGUCCUCAGAAAGAGAGGCAGGAGAGGAACAGAGCCACACUCUGCUUCAAGAGAAGGAAGAAAGCAAGCAAAAUGAAGUCUAAGGUUACUUCCAAGACUGCCGGGGGUACCAAGACACGUCCCCCAGAAGCCGGGGCCUCUGAUCAGCCACAGCCAGCCGGGGCCUGGGCCUCCAUCAAACGCCUUGUGACACCUAGGAAAAGGUCAGAGUCUUCGAAGACGCAGAAGCCAUCUGCCGCUGAAGUCCAGCCCGAGGACGCAGCUCUUCCUAAGAAAAAGGCAAAAUCCAGACUUAAGAUUCCUUGCAUAAGAUUCUCAAGAGGGGCAAAGAGAAGUCGUCAUUCUAAACUCACGGAAGACUCAGACUACAACAUGGGAGUCCAGCAGAGAGGGGCAGAUGAUUUGGAGAUAAAACCCCAGACCCAGCUGGCUGACCAGACAAGCCAGGCUAUAUCCACCCAGGGCCCACAGGAAGGUGUGUUGGUGGAAGAUGGUAAAGAUGUCCAAGAACCGCAGGUCAGCCGCAACGUCACAUCUGGAGAGAAUGUGAUUUCCGUAGAACUGGAAUUAAAAGAUGAGUCUUCUGCUAUUCAGAUGGGAACCCCCGUGCUAGAAAAGGAAGCUGAAGUGAUUAAGGAAAAGCCAAGUGUACAGGCUCAGCAAGCAAGUCCACUUCAGAGUUCAGAAGCAGACAGCCCCUGUCCGGUGGCUUCUCGUGUUCCCGCCUCACCAGCCACUGCGUAUCAACGUGGUGUCUACAAACCCAGUGACAGCAUCCAAGAGCAUGCACCCAGUGCGAAAGAUGACAGAAGUAGAAAGGGUGUUGCUGAAGAAAAGAAAGCAAGUGACAUUGUGCAGGGCCAGGCGGAAGAAACCCCACUGAGUCAAGCAGAGAAAGAUGCUGUCAGCCAGGCAGACAAAAGUGCCGUGGGCCAGGCAGAGAAAGCUGUAGUGGCCCAGGCACAGGAAACUGUAGUGGCCCAGACAGAGGAAGCUCGUGUGGCCAAGGCAGAGGAAACUGUAGUGACCAAGGCGGAGGAAGCUGUCGUGGCCAAGGCAGAGGAAGCUGUCGUGGCCCAGGCACAGGAAACUGUCGUGGCCCAGGCAGAGAAAACUGUCGUGGCCCAGGCACAGGAAACUGUCGUGGCCCAGGCAGAGAAAACUGUAGUGGCCCUGGUGGAGGAAACUGUAGUGGCCCAGGCACAGGAAACUGUCGUGGCCCAGGCAGAGGAAGCUGUCGUGGCCCAGGCAGAGGAAGCUGUCGUGGCCCAGGCACAGGAAGCUGUCGUGGCCCAGGCACAGGAAGCUGUCGUGGCCCAGGCACAGGAAGCUGUCGUGGCCCAGGCACAGGAAGCUGUCGUGGCCCAGGCAGAGGAAGCUGUCGUGGCCCAGGCACAGGAAGCUGUCGUGGCCCAGGCACAGGAAGCUGUCGUGGCCCAGGCACAGGAAGCUGUCGUGGCCCAGGCACAGGAAGCUGUCGUGGCCCAGGUGGAGGAAGCUGUCGUGGCCCAGGCACAGGAAGCUGUCGUGGCUAAGGCGGAGGAAGCUGUCGUGGCCCAGGUGGAGGAAGUUGUCGUGGCCCAGGCGGAGGAAGCUGUCGUGGCCCAGGCGGAGGAAGCUGUCGUGGCCCAGGCGGAGGAAGCUGUCGUGGCCAAGGCGGAGGAAGCUGUCGUGGCCCAGGCAGAUGAGGCAACAGUGGCCCAGGCACCGGAUCUGAAAGAAAAUGGAAUUGAUACAGAGAAACCCAGAUCAGAGGAAUGCAAAAGAAUGGAGCCAAUUGCUAUUAUCAUUACAGACACUGAAAUCAGUGAAUUUGAUGUUAAGAAAUCUAAAAAUGUCCCCAAGCAAUUCCUAAUUUCAAUGGAAAAUGAGCAAGUAGGGGUUUUUGCUAAUGAUAGUGAUUUCGAAGGGAGAACUUCAGAACAAUAUGAAACACUCUUAAUAGAAACGGCCUCUUCCCUCGUCAAGAAUGCUAUCCAGUUGUCUGUAGAACAGCUGGUUAAUGAAAUGGUUUCCGAGGACAAUAAAAUAAAUACUCUGUUACAGUGACUUCAUUUCCAGAUCAUGGGAAAGGAAAAAAAAAAAACUUUAAAGAUGAAUAAUUUUAUACAUUUGUGACACUUCUUUCUCAGUAAUAAAUUCCAUCUGUGGAAUUUAAAGGUACGGUUCCAACCCGGAAGGGCUGACGAAUAAAUGAAGUUUAUAGAACUCACCCAAACAUAGUCACUUCUGGACUGGAGGGAGUCAGCCCAAAUCACAGGACGCAGUGACAUACAGGAAGGUGCGGAAGUGACCAGCCAUGAGGUCUGUGCUUUGAGGAAGACUACUUGCUGAACAAGUGGUACGCUGUACACUCCCUACUGUUCCUUAACGUCAUGAAGUCUGGCUUUUUUCUGAUGGAUCAACCCUGUGUAAAGGUGAACGCUGCCUUUGCUUUUCUUUUACAGUAUAUUUUCCUGUUGUUUCUAAUGGUGAGUCAGGUGAGAGGGUUUCUAGUCCCACACAAGCUCCUUCCAAAAGCCAUUCACAGGUUCCUUCAGCCAGGCGAGUAGUUAACGAGUGUGUAAGCGUGGCAACGGGGAGCGUGUUUUCUUCUCACCCCGUCUUCUGCCCAGCAGACUUAUAUAUACCCAUCUCUGUGUGGACUAUCUGCUGAGACAUUAGAAACAAACAAACAAAGGGAAUAGUAUGUUUCAUCCAGAAGGCAAACCCCCCAGAUGACGGAGGAUUCCCUCUCGUGGAGCGACUUCUGGAGGCCCAGGAAAACCGUAAUAUCCUUGUGAAAGUAUUUCUUCUUGGCCAAACGUGAACUCUGUAUACAACUGAAUAAAAAGUCAAAAUUCAUGCUGAAGCA